AAAAAAAUUUGUUGAAAAUGAUCUGAAAAAACCCUAACGAUUCUUCCCAAUUUCGCUUCUCUGGAAUCGAAAAUCUUCGAUUUCGAUUUUUGUUAUCCUUUCAAUCCCCAAAAUCACCUGAAUCUCUCCUAAUCGCUGAUCGGAGCUCUGUUUUUCGAGGUUUAGGGUUAGGGUUUGCUCUCCAUGGGUGGUGGCGUCGCCGGCGAGCACGGUGAGUCGAGCGCCACCGGCAUCGGCGGCGGUUUGGCCAUUGUCCACGUUCGGUCCUCCAACGGGUCAAAGAUCUCUGUGGAGACGAACCUCGACGUCAACGUUGGGGAUUUCAAGGUUGUUCUGGCGGGGAAGUGCGACGUUCUGGCGGAGCAACAGCGUCUGAUAUAUAAAGGCCGGAUCCUGAAGGAUGAGCAAACCCUAGCCAGCUAUGGUUUGGAGUCAGACCAUACUAUCCAUUUGGUUCGUGGUUUUCCUGCACCUAGUGCAUCAACUGAUCGAGCUGCAUCCAACCUUGGACUUUCAAGGGAUCCUGAUCGCAAUUCCCGGCGUUCGGGCACUCUUCUUGCAGAGCUCUUUGGAAAUGGGGGUUCGAGUUCAUUUGGAUCUGGAUUUUCAGGAUUUGAUCAGGUGGAGCAGCAAUUAACCGAGAAUCCUAACAUGAUGAGAGAGAUAAUGAACAUGCCUGUUCUUCAGAAUCUGAUGAACAACCCUGAUAUUGUGAGAAACUUGAUCAUGAACAAUCCUCAAAUGCGAGAGAUUAUAGACCAAAAUCCUGAUCUUGCACAUGUACUUAAUGACCCUAGCACCCUUCGCCAAACUUUGGAAGUGGCAAGGAAUCCUGAACUGAUGCGAGAAGUCAUGAGAAACACAGACAGGGCAAUGAGCAAUAUCGAAUCUUCUCCAGAGGGAUUUAACAUGCUCCGGCGCAUGUAUGAGACUGUUCAGGAACCAUUCCUGAAUGCCACUACGAUGGCUGGUGACUCGGCAAGUAAUUUAGGAUCUAACUCAUUUGGAGACCUUUUGGAGCACCAAACGGCUGUACAAUCCAACAUUUUAUCAGCUAACCCUUCACCUACUAAUUCAGAUGCAACAAUUGCAUCUUCCACCCCUAAUACCAACCCUCUACCCAAUCCAUGGGCCCGGGCAAGUAAGUUUGUUUUCCAAAUUUCUGCAUGCAAAAUGUUUGCAACUUCCGAUGUCUUACCAUCAUUUUGGUUUAACUCAACAGCCCAGGUUCCGCAGACCACCAGGACCCUUUCAACCCCUAACAGCAAUGUAAGAACAUCUGGAUUAGCUGGAUUAACUGAACUUGGCAUGCCGGAAUUGGAAAGAAUGGUAGGUGGUGCUUUGGAUUCUUCCCUCAUCAGUCAAUUAAUGCAAAACCCAUCUAUGAGACAGUUAAUGCAGAAUGUGCUGUCUGACCCCCAGUUCAUGAACCAGGUUCUUGAUUCAAAUCCUCACAUUCAAAACCUGCUGGAGUCCAAUACCCAACUGAGAGAUUUAUUGCUAAAUCCAGAAUCACGUCGUCGGCUGGCUUCCUCGUUAAUGCUAGAGCGACUAGCUAGCCUUCGCCCAUCACUUACAGCACUAUUAGGUGCACAACAAUCAAGCCAGGAACAAACACAAGCUGGUGAUGACUUGGGCACACCGAAUAUUUCUGGUUUGGAGUCGUUGAUGAACUUCUUACCUAGACAUUCUCCUGGUGGUCUUGGUGCUACCAACAACACUGAUGUACCACCUGAAGAACUUUUUGCAACCCAGCUAUCUCAGCUUCAAGAAAUGGGUUUCGGCGAUACACAGGAGAAUAUCCGUGCUUUGACUGCCACUUCCGGAAAUGUCCAUGCUGCAGUUGAACGUCUCUUGCGAAAUCUCGGUCAGUAAAUAUGUGUAUAUCAUGCAGGGGGCUCUUCAUACGAAUUUGUGGUAUACAGGUCUAUGAAAUCUAUUACCCUUGAUUCAUCCAUCAUCUUAAAAGCAAACUACAAGGGGUGAAAAAAAAAAAACACUUCUACAAUCCCAGCUUCUGAUUUUGGCCUGCAGUAAGCAGAUGGUGCUUGAGAGCUGUGAACUUAUGGCUAUUCAAAAAUAUUCUUGUCCUUAUUUCAUCUAAGCCUCCAUUUUGAGCAUUCAAAGAAGUUUGAUAUUUGUAAAUACCAACAUCAGACUGGUCUUGUGAGAGUGUACUUCUCCAGAUAUAUGCAUUAGAACAGUGCUUUUAUGUAUCUUUCCUUCUUUUACAUCUUAUAAAGGUUUGCAGUAAUGUUUGUUUCUUU